AUGGGCAAACCUCCAGCGGCUAUAAUCAUCGCUCGGCACGGUGCGCGUCUAGAUGCUGCCAACAAAGACUGGCACUUGACUUCUUCAACGCCCUAUGACCCACCUUUAUCGUAUGGAGGCUGGCUCCAGUCGCGCGCUCUUGGGUCACGAAUCAUCAACGAGGUGCGUUUGUUGGAGGACCAACUAGGCGGAUCGACGCACGAUGCGCAAGACUCGCACCUCCAAGCUCAUCGUCCUCGAGAACGAAAACAGAAGCCGAGAGUCAUCCUCCAUACCUCCCCUUUCCUGCGCUGCGUGCAAACGGCCAUCGCUAUUAGCUCCGGUAUCAACCAAAACUAUACCGAUUUAGAAUCCCUACAUGGGUCACGACUUCCAACGUCACCCAGUUCAAACAACAAUCCUGCUAUACCCGAGUCAAUAGCCAGUGCCGGAUCAGCGACUCACUCUAAAAAUAACCCUCGGUCCCUUCUACGCGUUGACGCCUGUCUUGGAGAAUGGCUGAACCCCGAGUACUUCGAGAGCAUUAUUCCUCCUCCCAAGUCAGAGAGAAUGGUUGCGGCCGCAAAGACAGAACUCUUGCGCCGUGAUGACAGCAUCAUCCCAGCGGCCGACAAACAUGCUACUCCAACCUCGCGCCAUUUUCCUAGCGGCUGGAGUAGUCCGAAUCCCAGCCAGGAGGAAGAAGAACCCAAAAAUGAAACCGAGUCGGCGCCCAUUCCCACCAACCCGGGACAAAGGAAUCGUGCUGGUAGUUACGAUUCUCUGAAGGCAAUACACACCCCAUGGGGCCGACGAAUGUUGAAGGUCAACACAGAUAUUCCCGCCGUUCCUGACGCGGCAUACUCACCACCUAUCCCAAGUUACGCGAUCUCGCCCUCAAAUCCUAUUCCAGACGGUUACGUAACACAUGCGCGUGAUGCUUGCGUCCUGGUUGACUAUCAGUGGGAUAGCAUGCGUGAACCGCAGAACUGGGGCAGUGGAGGUGAAUAUGGCGAUGAAUGGAGUACCAUGCUUACGCGCUUUAGCAACGGUAUUGAGCGGAUGAUCUCAUGGUACGAAAACGAUGAUGCUUCGACAGCACCUCUUCAUCGCCGGACCCGCUCGCAGUUACAGUUCUUGGGACAGGAUGAAGUGGAGGAUUCUGCGGGCGACACCAUUUUAAUAAUCGUGACUCACGGAGCCGGUUGCAAUGCGCUGAUAGGUGCGCUAUCGGGUCAGCCAACGCUGGUAAACGUCGCCACAGCUUCUCUCACACUCGCUGUUCGUAAGGACUGUAUGAGAGAGACAUCAUCGAUCUACGGGCGAACAAAGGUAUAUGACUCGCGCAGUAAGAUAUCCGGGCCGGAAGAUUACAGCCUAGUCGACGUCGCAUCAACAGAUCAUUUGCGACCCGGAACAAGUCCGAGUGCCUCGAUCCGCUCUCCCAUCACGAGCAGUACACCACCUCCCUCCAUUCCUUCAUAUCGACAUCGUUCGACAAUCUCCUCAGGCCCCAUUCUACUGAGCCCGUCUCUAAAACCCGGUAUGGGCUUGCACUCCUGGACAACCCCUCGGGCCUCUUCGGGGCUCUGGAGCUCUGUUUCAGGCGAUCGCGAUACGGCCGACGAUCUGGUUCCCAAUUUUGGAAGUCCUGUCUCUCCACCCCCGUCAUCACUUUCAGGGAUGGACGGUCUCAGCUUGAACCCUGGGCCGACUUCUGGGGAGUCAACACCGUCAGGACCACUACCGCAGCGAACACCGUCCCAACGCGGUCUCUGGCGAAGUGCACCGCUUAACAAAGAGCGGUCCGCUCAUUCAAAUCGGCGUUGGACAGUAGCUGAGAGACCACUAUGA